GGUAACCAGAUAGAAGCAGCGAGAGGCUACCGGCCGUCAGCACAUGGAAUAUGGGAUCUGGAGUCUGCACGCCGCGGGGGGACUGUGGGGCGAUCCGCGGCUCGCCCGAAGACACCCGAUCCUGGGUCCAGGGGGUCCUGGAACACCCGGGGCAGCCUUCGCCUUGAACACGCUGCGGCGUCCGACGGACGGGAUCGCGAUGCCCGUCGCCGCGAACAGCCCCGCUUAUCGAGCCAUGGAACUGGUGACCAGGACCCUUUCGACGACGGAGCCGAUGCAGGCCGGGGCGGCUCGGGAACCACGAGACAACGAAUCGAACAUCGAAGGACGAAGCGACCGGGAGGACGACGAAAACUCCAGUCAGACGGCCGUGCCACGGGUCAUAGGAACUACGGAAGACCCGGGCGAGGAAAGCGACGCAGGAAGUGUGAGCAGCGGUAACGACGAAUCUCGGCACUCGGCGAACAACAAUCUCCACCCGAAGCUUCCGAACGGGCUGCCGUGUCUUCUCCUUGACAAGGAAGAGGGUGUUCCGCCGGUCCUGAACAGCUGGGUACUCGGGGCUUACACGGCCAUGCUGGGCCGCCUUUCGGCGGCGACGGCUGCUCUGGAGGGUUCCGAGGUACCACCGAUACCUUCCGAGAGCGGAUCGGACAGCGAUUCGUCGUCCUGCACCGAGAAGUCUCGAGAGGUGACGAGAGCGGGUCGCGGCUACUCCUGCGGCUCGUGCGAAACGGUUUCGGACACGCGGCCAGCCCUUAGAAAGCACAUAGCCGAUUGUCACCCGGCGAUAUCGGCCCUGACCGGAGAGUCUCGGAGGUGUCCGGCGACCGGAUGCGACUUCGCGAGCGGAAGUCGAUGCGAGAUGGAAACCCACGUGGCGGCGCACGUGGCCCAAGGCAUGUCGCCGACCGGGAAGAAGCGCUCGCUGGCCCUUCAGCGCGUCAGGUACGAGAGGGAGGAGUAUCGCUGCUCGAUGUGCUCCUACGCCUGCACCAUAGAGAAGGCCUUCCAGAAGCACCUCAGGGCUCAUGCCAAGGGUGCGGCACCCGAGACAAGGGUCAGCUGUCCCGUCUGCGGGGCCGAUCGGACCUCGGAAGUCGACCUCAGCCGGCACAUGCGGAGGCACCGUGACGAUCGGUACUUCUGCUGCGAUAUAUGCAUCUUCAGGACGGUGCAGCUGAAAAAGUUAAUUCAGCACCGAAGGAUGCACACCGGGGAGAAGCCGCACCUUUGUCCACACUGCGCUUACCGGAGUGCCAGACGCGACAACUUGAGAAGCCACGUGCGUCGCGUCCACAAGAAGGAAAACCUCUACUGCGACACCUUCAGUCCCCGUGGCAUGUUGCAGAUUUCGCCAAUCGGUCAGACACUCAGGAGUCCAGCCUCGUCACCGGCCUCCAACGCUGGAAGUAGAGUUAGUUGGAGAAAAAGAAGGUGGAGAGCAGAUACGAAUAACACAAUCACACAAAAAACGUGUCUUUACCGACGGAGUGAACCACCGUAUCUACAGGUUUUUGGACACGCUGAAUCCGAAUCCGGUCUUAAAAUUGCUCCAUUCUCUCCAAAUUUUGAGUAUAUAAUCCUGCCUGAAAGAUUCGUUUAUCGAUCUCGAACACUUCGAGAUUUGUCGAUGCACAAGUAG